ACAUCAACCAACCACUGCAGUUAAAAGCUUCUCAGUCAAACGCGUGUGUAUACCGCAUCUACGAACUCAGUAUCACCUACCACAUACAAAUCAAACCACACAUAUCAACACCCAUUCAUCAAAAAUGUCAGCAUCCCACACCCGCCAACCACCAGCAACCGUCGAUGACCCCUUCGACUUUGAAAACUCCCUCCUCAACCUCGAAGAAGAUUUCUACCAACAAGGCUACGCCCAAGGCGUCUCCGACGGCGCCAAGGCCGGCCGCACCGAAGGCCGCCAGCUCGGCUUGGAAAAGGGGUUCCAGAAGUUUGUCCAGAGCGGCCGGUUGCAUGGCCGAGCCAUUGUCUGGGCGAAUCGGUUACCGUCCAAGCAGGACGUACGCCGUCAUCAUCUCCUCCUUCAGCAGCAACAGUCACCGCGAGCCGGUCGACAACAAGAACAACCUCCUCACAGUUUAAGUCAGAGUUUGAGUCAGGAGGAGCAGAGUCCGAGCCAGGAGGAGCAGAGUCAGAGUCAGAGUCAGAGUCAGAGCCAGAGUGAACGUCAAAAAAUAGAAGAUACCCUAGAAAACCUCACCCUGGGCCCCAACAUCAACAAACCCGAAAGGAAAGAAAAGAAAGAAGAGCUACGCCUCUUGCCAAACCACGCCCGUCUAGAAAAACACAUCACUACCCUCUUUGCGCUGGUCGAGACCGACACGCUAGCGAAAGAAAACACGGACGAGGCAGUGAAUGAUUUUGAUGAUCGACUGAAGAGGGCGCAGGGAAAAGCCAAGAUUGUGGAGAGGAUGGUGGGGGAGGUGGUGUCGUCGGAGAGGAAGAAGGCGAAUCCGAAUCCUCCGGCGGCGGCGGCGGCGGCGGCGGCGGCGGUGGUUGGGGGGCCUGGUGAGAGUUCUGGGACUGGGGCUGGAGCAGGAACGGGGACGCCGAUUGCGGGUGUGGAUUUGGGGAGGAUUGGGAAUGAGGUUUAG